AUGGCACCCGAAAAGACGAAAUACGUCGAUCGCGCCAUCCCCACCAUUUCGUUGGCAAACUACUCGGAGCGCAUGGACGAAAUCACCGCCGAACUUGUCUCUGCCGCCGAAAACGUCGGCUUCUUCUGCAUUGUCGACCACGGCAUCUCGCAGGACGAAGUGGACGAGAUCUUCGCCCAGUCCGCGCGCUUCUUUGCCUUGCCCGACGAAAUCAAAGCCAAAGUCCCCUUCUCUUCCGCCCACAAUGCGGGAUGGGAGAAGAACGCGCAGGUCCGGCCCUCGACUGGCGCCGCGGACAAGAAGGAAUCCUACCAGAUGCAAUUCGGCCAGAACAUGGAAGGCAAAUGGUUGGACGAUCGCGAGAUUCCGGGCUUUAAGGAAUCCAGUCUAAAGUUCAUGUGGCACGUCCAGGAAGUCUCGGAGAAGCUUAUGACGUGUUUUGCAAGAGGACUGGGGUUUCCUGACGAUUACUUUGUCAAGGCACACGAUGUCCGGAGGCCUGAGAGCCAGACUGUGGCGAGGCUACUGCAUUACUUUGAAACCCCCAGAGAGACGAAUGGCGAAGUCUGGCAUCGUGCCGGUGCCCAUACGGAUUGGGACCUCGUCACGCUCCUGUUCCAGAAGGCAGGACAAUCUGGUCUCGAGAUCUGUCCUGGCCGCGAAGUGUCGACGUCUUUCGGGCAUGGCGACGAAUGGACAAAGGUCAACCCACCGUCCUCGAACGCUAUUAUCUGCAACAUCGGCGACCUGCUCAUGUCCUGGUCCGAUGACCGCUUUAAAUCGACAUUCCACCGCGUCAAAUCUCCCUCCGAAGCCGACGACUACUAUGGCGAACGCUACAGCAUUGCCUUUUUCAACCAACCGUGUCGAGAUACGCUGAUUCAGGGGCCCCUGAAGAAAUACCCGCUCGUUACCGGUGAGGAAUUUACGCGUAACGCCAUGAUGAAGAAUUUUCGCGCGCUGGAGAUUAAGAGGUUCGCACUGGCGGAGCAGCAGGCGAAGGAAAAUGGUAUGGUUGGGGUCGGUGGGGAGAAUGGUAAAGUCGUUGCGGGAGUGGGUGCUUAA